AUGGGGGCUUGCCGCGGCCAUUUUUGGAUUCUCAUUUCGGCGCUGAGCGGCUUGGCUGGAGCCGACGAGUUCAGCGAGACCUGCCAGUCACCCGCUGAAUGCUCCUCAGAAGGGCAACCCCAUUUUCAGCCGCAAUUCUGCGCUCGGCCGCGCCCGAUCUAUCGGAGUGAGUUUUCGCAGGAACUGAAUCUGACACUGCAGCAUUGCGCAGACAUCUGUCGUCAUACGAUUGGUUGUGUGUACUUCGGCCUCGGUGAUCACAGCUGCGACACCUUCUCAAGCUGCAACAGCGAAUGGUCGGAAGCAGCGCACUUAGCUGCAAACCUCUAUCAGAUACCAGAAGAUCCUGCACGGUGCGAUUGGACAUCGAGGCACCUUCGUGGGCAAGCGAGCCGUGCUGUCCGUGCGGCAAUGACUCGAGGCGGGGAGCUGCAGCAACAUCUCGUGGAAGCUGCGUUGCACCACGUGAACUCACCAGCCUUCGCCGCGUGCCCCGUGGCCGGCGCGGCAAUUCGGAUCCUGCAUGUGUGGGCUGCAGCAUCUUAUCAUCACGGCUGGAGGCCGCGCCUGGCCUUCGCAACUGAAGCCCAGGAGCUGCCGUUCAGUGCUGAGCUCGCCCUCAUACUCGACACUCCCUGGGCCCAUCUUCUACGCAGUCAAUGGGCAAAAGCUCUUUUCCUGGGCCUAUCCCAGCUUGCAGAAGGCUUAUGCCAGCGCCUGGAGAAGUCGGCUUCAGAAACUGCUUGUUCAGCAUCCUCCGCCUCAGCAAAUUGCAACUUGAAGCAGGCAGCACUUCUGCUGGAGACGACAAAAGGCUCAGCCUCGCCAAAGGCACUGCAGAAGGCACAGGCACUCGCCUCCGGCUGCGCCUCCGAUGGUCGGCUGUCCUCUAUGCUUCGGAUCAAGGAUGCUUCUCGGCUUUUCACCGCGAUUGCCAAGUUGGCCCCGUCUUCGCACGCCGAUGGCGAGGAGGAUCUGGAUUUGGAGAGCUUUUGCACUGGGACUGUGGCGCAUGCGGAGCUGGACGGCAUGGCGACGAGGAUGACAAUCCGCGAUGAGCAUCUGGCGGCGAUUGGGCUUGCUGCAUCAACACGAAGAUGUGCGAACAUCAUGGGCUCAGGCAAGAUGCGACUUCUGGAUGUCUUGGUUUUCAUCGAGCAGCUGCAGUCAACAGGGCAUGUGAGUGGAUUCUUCAACGUGGUGACUGAGAACCGGUGUGAAAUGGACUUUUUCUCCCACUUCCACAAUGUCUUCUGCUUGCUGCCUGGGGGUUCCGACCAGAAUGAAGCCAAGAUCAGCCCAGCCUUCAUGACCUCGGGACUCCUCGUGCACCCUCCCUACGGUCCGGCUGCUUGGUCCUGCAUCCUCCCCUCAAAGCAAAAGAAGCUCGAGGUGCGACUUCUUGAUCCCGUACGCUGGCAGAGACCUUUGCGAAUGAACCUCGACCUGAAGCCGGUGUCAAAAAAGUACAACUUUGCGGUUUGCCCGCAACCGCUUUACCGGCUUGAAGCGCAUCGAGAUCUGCUGGAGGACUGGCUGGAGUAUCACAGGAAAAUGGGCGUCGAGCAUUGGACGAUUUACGAUCUCGAUGGCUCGGGUGCUGCAGCCUUGUCUCGCCGGGAAGACGUUGACUUUCACCCAAACCUUCCAAGCAUGUUGAAUUCCCCGCGGUUGGCUGAAGGCAACUGGUGGAAUCCAAUCUGCCUGGAAGCGAUCGCUUUAACGCAGUGCUUCUGGCGAUAUCGUGGGAGAGCAGCAAUGGUUUUCUCCCUGCACUCUUUUGACGAGUUUCUGGUGUCCGCAAGGCACAGGCAUGGCGGGUUCAGACGGUGGAUGUCGGCGGCAGGACCAGACAAUCUCACUACUGUGGUGCGGCUUCCAGCUGUAAACUAUGGAGGAGCAGGUUUGUCUGGGGACUCGCCGCUUAUCCAACAGUUCCGGCGGCACACUGGAAGAUUGUAUUGGCACAUCGUCGGGGCCAAUCCAGACCACGUGCUAUCCGUAAACACCACCAACGCCUGGCCAGAGCCACCGCGCAAGCAGAUGAGCUUCUUCCAACCUGACGUCUUGCGGGUUAACCAUUACGUCGAUGCCCUUGGCGCGCGCGACCGACGCGAGGAUGUCUUCGUCCACGAAGAUCCCGAGAAAGUACUCGGCUGGGCUGCUGAGGAGCUGCGAGUGGCCAGAGAUCGCCGAGCCAGUCUCAGAGACCGGCGGCUUUUCUCCGUGGCUGGGCCUCUGCUGGCGGCUCUCCGAAGAGUUGGGGAGAUGGAGACCCCGGAGGAGGCUCCAAACAUAUCCGCACUGCUGGAUGCCUCUUCCGAGAGCCUUUCGCCCGCUCUGCGGGUAGCCUUCCGCCUGGCCGGGACUGCAGAAGACGGCCACGUGCGGAAGGUCUUGCGCGAUGGCUUCGUCAGCUGCGACCUCGACCAGGACAGAGUGUUGUCUUCGGCAGAGUUCAUCGGUUGUUCGGAGCCCUCGGGCUGGGAUGCACACCUCCAGCGCCGGGAUUUUCAUUACAUCGGCCUGUUCCUUCAUUCGUGGGCCAGCAAGGCGACCGCCAAGGCUCUUUUCGAUGGCAUGGACGUCGCCCCGAGCGACGGUGGGCUCUCGAGCCAAGAGUGGGAGGAAGGUUGCCUCCGGCUUUGCGCGCAUCAAGAGAUUUCUGACGGCCUGAAGCUCCUCAACGACUGGAGUCAGCGGGACCAGAAAUCCAAGAAAGCCUGCUUACAUCACAGCAUUCCAAUCUCACGGUCGGAGGCAGAGGCCAUCUUCGCUCGCUUGGGUCGCAGCACUCCCGGCGGCAUGCGGAUAACAUUCCAGGAUCUUGAGUACGAGCUGCAGAAAGGUCACGAAAACAUCGAGGAAGUGUGCCGUGCCCGUGAGAUGAUUGUGGCCAUGAAUCAUGUUCUGGUCGAGAAGCACGGCUCCAGUUUGGAGGCCAACUUUGAGCAGUUCGGUCAGGAAGGCUUGCCCCCAGAGGACAUCCACAAGGUGUUCUCUGCUGCACGUCCACUUAGUGUCGCGCAGUGGCAAGCGCUUCUGCCUUUCCUGGAUAAGCGGCCAGAUGGGAGCAUCCUCUGGCGCUCUGUCCUCGCGUGGGCGGGCAUUACGGCAAGCAGGCCAAAACCUGCCGCGCCAGCCUCGAGCCCUGCAGUGCCGGCGGCGGCACUGCCAGCCGAGGCGGUCGCCUUGCCGAAGCCGGCUGCAUCAGUCCCGGCGAUGCAGCCACAUCACUGUCCUGCAGCCCCAUUGUCGGCGCCAUCCAGUUGCGUGGCGCCAGCUCCAGCCCCGGCUGUGACCCCCUGCAUCUCGAAGCCCAGCGCGCCUCUUGGGCCCUCUGUCCCACCGCCCGGACCAGCCAAAGCUCCGCUGGCUCUUCCGAGCUCCAGUCCCGGACCCAGCCCGCCGCCACCAACACCUGCGACACCUGACACACCCGCCACCGCCACACCGGCUGCGCCGGCAGUUCCUGCGAGGCCCAAAAGUGCGACUUCCCCAGCGCAGGCUGCUGCAGCCUUGCUGGGGCCUCCGCCACCCAGGACGAACACACCUGCUGCUGUCCCCUCCCUUCUGGGCCGGCCUGCGUCGACUCCUUGUGUCCCACAGGCUGCGACCUUAUCCUCCAGUCCUGCAGUGCCGAAGAUAGGACCAGGCGCUGCAACCCCUCCAGCACCAGCAGGCCCAUGCGGUCCACCACCUGGGCCAACAGGUCCUGCAGUGCCGAAGAUAGGGCCAGGCGCCGCAACACCUCCAGCACCGACAGGUCCAUGCGGCCCGCCGCCUGGGCCAACAGGUCCUGCAGUGCCGAAGAUAGGACCAGGCGCUGCGACAUUUGCAGCACCGACAGGUCCAUGCGGUCCACCGCCUGGGCCAACAGGUCCUGCAGUGCCGAGGAUAGGCGCCGCAACACCUCCAGCACCGACAGGUCCAUGCGGUCCACCACCCGGGCCAACAGGUCCUGCAGUGCCGAAGAUAGGACCAGGUGCUGCAACACCUCCAGCACCGGCAGGCCCAUGUGGUCCACCACCUGGACCAACAGGACCAACACCGAAUGCGUUGGCCGCUGCAGCACUCCUGAAACCAGGAGUUCAGACGCCGCCAACACCAGCAGGCCCCACCGGUCCACCACCUGGACCAACUGGUCCACCACCCGGCCCUGCAGGACCACCACCUGGACCAGCAGGCCCACCGCCAGGAGCAACAGCGUGUCCGCCAACAUCGUGCAAACCGUCCGGUCCAGGUGGUCCUCCGCCUGGCCCUGCAGGCCCACCACCUGGACCAAGUGGGCCACCACCCGGACCAGCAGCACCAAAGUUAGCAGGACCUGCUAGCCCACCACCCGGACCUGCAGGACCACCUCCCGGACCAACAGGGCCACCUCCUGGACCGACAGGGCCCCCACCUGGACCAAACAGGCCUCCAGGACCAACGGGACCACCGCCUUCAAAACCAUCAGCCCUUCCAACAACACCAUCUGCACUUCCCACAACACCAUCUGCACUUCCAACCCGGCCAUCGGCACUUCCCACAUCAACGCCCUCAGCACUGCCAACACGGCCAUCUGCACUUCCCACAUCAGCGCCUGCAGCUUGCCCAACGACGCCGGCCGCGCUGCCAUCGAGCGCCUGCGCUCCGCGAGGUCCCGCCGGCCCACCACCAGGACCUGGCGGAUCACCCUCUCACGUUUCCGCCUCGGCACCUCCUCCAGGACCUGCAGGUCCACCUCCUGCAGCAUGUCCGACCGCAACCCAUUUUUCGAGCUCUGCAGCACCGACCCAUGCCAGUUGCUGCUCUGCUCCGCCUCCGGGUCCUGCUGGACCACCACCUGGACCAUGUGGUCCGCCACCCGGGCCGACGGGUCCGCCACCGGGGCCGGGCAUGGUAGAUCCUCCUCUGGAGGAUGGUGGUGGCUCCAAGCUCGACGGAAAGAUGGACGCGGCUACACGGAGGAAGGCGGAGUUGGACGCGAAGAUGGCGUCCCGGCAACGGGAGGCCGAAGAGAGGAGGGCGAAGGCCAAAGCCCGAGCCGCCGCACUGAAAGCGGUCAAUGAAGGUGAAGGGUGA